AACUCAAAAAUAAAAGUUCGGUCAAAGUCAAACAACCCUAAUUAUUAGGUUCAAAACCUCGAUCUAAAUACGAGUUGUUGCUCUUCCAAAGCUGCUCUCGUUUCCUCGCUCGCCUCUCAUUAGAAUUCAAAUUGUGUUUCCAGUCGUUGCUCUACGUCUGCACUUGCAUACAUAAUGACUGAGGUCGCUUUCGCCCUCCUCGUUAUCCCUGUUAUUGAGGAGGCACUCUCUAGAUUCGCUUCGCCGCUCGACAGUAGAAUCAGACCACUCUGGAAUUCAGGGGAUUUGAAGAAGGAGCUGGAGAAGCUGAAGGAUUCGCUCAAAUUGAUAGAACCUCUCCUCAAUAAGGCAGAUCAAAUGCAAAGUGAUGAAGGCACAAGGGAUUGGCUGCAGAGGCUCCAAGAUGCAGCUGAUGAUCUGCGGGAUCUGCUGGAUGAGCAUGCAUAUGGAGUUCACCGGCAGAAAGGUUGGAUUCAAAGCCAAUUCAAGAAACAGGUGCACCAUUUCCUUUUUCCCUCCAAAUCUAUGCUUAGCAAAAUUAAGGAGAUUAAUGUGUGUUUCCAUAGAAUUGCACAAGAAUCAAAUUUUAUUAGACUGAUGAAUUACGACCAAAAUCGUGAAGCUCCUAGGCGAGAAGCUGAUGAUUCAUUUUAUAAUUUUAAAGUUUUGGGAAGGGAUGCUGAUGUCUCAAAAAUUGAAAGUUUGCUGGAUGAGUUGAGCCAGAAACAUCACCUCUCUGGCCUUUCCAUAGUGGGCAUGCCAGGUGUUGGAAAGACAGCAGUAGCUAGAUCAAUAUGUGUGACGGCAAGGGAAAAUCACUCCUCCAGUCUGGUGGCCUGGGUGCCGAUACGUAAGGAUCUUGAAGAAAUGAUGAUUUUACGACAGAUGUUGCAAUAUCUUGAUAGCCAUGCUGGUGGAAUGACAGAUAUCGAUCCAAUACUUUCUCAUCUUACACCGAAGUUAGAAAAUAAAAAAAUUCUUCUCAUCCUUGAUGGUUUAUGCAAUGAAGAAGAUGCUCGGUGGUUGAAAGAGUUCAUCUCUCGUCUGCCACAAAGGUUCAAAACUGCUAGGAUCUCUGUUGUCAUAACAACUAGUAAUAAAGAGGUAGCUUCACUAAUGAUGGACACAAUUCCUUGGCCCAAGUAUGAAUUGCAAAAGCUAUCAGAUGAAGACUGCUGGUUGAUAAUGGAGGAGAAUGUUCUCAGAUCGUCCAGCGGAACUUCAAUAGAAGAUCAUUCACGGUUGUUGCUUAUUGGAAAAGAUAUUGCAAAACAGUGUGGGGGUUUGCCAUUAGUUGCAGCUGUCUUUGGCAAACACUUGGGCGCUCAUAUUGGGGUAAAUGAGUGGUCAGCUAUCAGAGAUAAUAAAGCAUGGCAUGCACCACAUAGACCGGAGAUUCUGUCUCACCUGAAAAAAAGUUACGAUUGCUUGCCCCCACAUUUGAAAAAAUGCUUUUCUUUCUGUUCAAUUUAUCCAAAAAAUUUUAAAAUUAGAAGAGAUGAAUUAGUUCAGCGUUGGAUGGCUAAUGGGUUUCUUUCCCAAUCUACUGACAGCAAAUCAGAUAAAGAAGAUGUUGGUAACCAGUACUUCAGUGAUUUGGUAUCCAAUUACUUAUUGGAAGAUGUGGAUAUGGAUGAGUGUGGGAAUAUGAAGUUUUGCAAGAUGCAUGACGAGGUGCAUAAUCUUGCAUUGCUUUCAGCAAAAUAUGAAACAUAUAUUUGGCCGGAUACCCAUGCAGUUGAGGAGAGUGUUCGGCAUAUGAGGGUUCAGUCUGAUGAAAACCUUCAAGCUGUUCCAAAAGGUGUUGCUCAAAGGUUGCGCUCUUUGUUCUUGGAUGUUAAUGUUUUGCACAUGAUGCCUAAGAAGUCCAGAAGUUUGCAAUCUUUAAAGCUCACAGCUGCUGAUGCAAAUGAGUUGGAAUCUUCUCUUGGCAGAUUGAAAUAUUACAUGAAAUACCUUGACAUAUCAAAAAGUGCAAUUGAAAGGCUGCCAAAAUCUGUCUCCAAGCUCUACAAUUUGCAGACUUUAAGAUUCACGGACUGCAAAUCAUUGGAAAAGCUCCCAAGUGGUAUUAAAAAUCUAGUCAGCUUGAGGCAUAUUUAUUUUGAUGAUGAAAGGCUCGUGCCAAGUAGCAUUGGGAAAUUAACUUCUCUUCAGACUUUACCGCUAUUUGUUGUGGGCACAGGAAAGGGUCGGAGAAUUGAAGAGCUUGAAAAUUUGAAGGAACUCAGAGGAAAACUGAAAAUUUGCAAGCUUGAGCUAGUAUCUCCAUCAGAAGCUAGUAAAGCAAAACUUAAAGAAAAAGGAAAAUUGAUCAAGUUGCAAUUUGUAUGGAGUAAAGACGGAGCCAACAAAGAUAUGGGUGUUCUGGAAGGUCUUCAACCUCACUCAAAUUUGCAAAGCUUAACCAUUGAGAAUUAUAGGGGAGGCAACUGGCCUUCAUGGAUGACGAGCAAGGGUUCACCUCCUUCCUCUCAACUUAACAGACUUGUGAAGUUGAAAUUGAUUGAUUGUGAUGAAUGUGGUGAUAUUUCGUGCCUUGAACUCUUACCUGAGCUUAAGAUUCUCAAUAUAAAGGCAAUGCCAAAUGUGAGGAGGAUAGGCAGAAUGUCUUAUCAUCAAAGUAGCAGCAUGGCAAGCAGCAGCAUGGCAAGCAGUAGCAUGGCAAGCAGCAGCCAAGGCGGGGGACAAUCAAUAAAACCAUUUCCAGCUUUGAAAAAACUUGAGUUAAGGAACAUGACACAGCUGGAGGAAUGGACAGGGGCACAAGGCAUGGUCGUGUUUCCUUGCCUUGAGGAGUUGCAUAUUCAGCAUUGCCCCCAGCUCAGAACAUGGUGCACAAGCAGCAGCCAAGGCGGGGGACAAUCAAUCCUACCAUUUCCGGCUUUGAAAAAACUAACGUUAAGGGAGAUGACAAAUCUGGAGGGAUGGAAAACAGCACAAGGCAUGGUUGUGUUCUCUCACCUUGAGGAAUUGCAUAUUGGGGAUUGCUCAGAGCUCAAAACAUGGUGCGCAAGCAACAGCCAAGGUAAAGGAGAUUCAAUUACACCAUUUCCAGCUUUGAGGAAACUUACUUUAAGCAACAUGACAAAGCUGGAGAAAUGGACAGAAGCACAAGGCAUGAUUGUGUUUCGUUGCCUUCAGGAGUUGCAUAUUCGGGAUUGUCCAGAGCUCAAUACAUGGUGGCCAAGCAGCAGCCAAGGUGAAGGAGAAUCAAUCCUACCAUUUCUAGCUUUGAGAAAACUAACAUUAAUUAAGAUGACAAAGCUGGAGGGAUGCAAAACAGCACAAGGCAUGGUUGUGUUUUCUUGCCUUGAGGAGUUGCAUAUUGGGGAUUGCCCGGAGCUCAAAACAUGGUGUGCAAGCAACAGCCAAGGCAGAGGAGAUUCAAUUAUACCAUUUCCAGCUUUGAAAAAACUUACUUUAAGCAACAUGACAAAGCUGGAGAAAUGGACAGAAGCAGAAGGCAUGGUCGUGUUUCCUUGCCUCGAGGAGUUGCAUAUUGAGCAUUGCCCCGAGCUCAAAACAUGGUGGGCAAGCAGCAUCCAAGGUGAAGGAGAAUCAAUCCUACCAUUUCCAGCUUUGAGAAAACUAACGUUAAGUAAGAUGACAAAGCUGGAGGGAUGGAAAACAGAACAAGGCAUGGUUGUGUUUUCUUGCCUUGAGGAGUUGCAUAUUGGGGAUUGCCCAGAGCUCAAAACAUGGUGCGCAAGCAACAGCCAAGGCAGAGAAGGUUCAAUUACAGCAUUUCCAGCUUUGAGAAAACUUAAUUUAAGCAACAUGACAAAGCUGGAGAAAUGGACGGAAGCACAAGGCAUGGACAUGUUUCCUUGCCUUGAGGAGUUGCAUAUUGAGCAUUGCCCUGAGCUCAAAAAAUGGUGGGCAAGCAGCAUCCAAGGUGAAGGAGAAUCAAUCCCACCAUUUCCAACUUUGAGAAAACUUACUUUAAGCAACAUGACAAAGCUGGAGAAAUGGACAGAAGCACAAGGCAUGGUUGUGUUUGAUUGCCUUGAGGAGUUGCAUAUUCGGGAUUGUCCAGAGCUCAAAACAUGGGGGGAAGAUGAAUCUGCAUAUCCGAAACUCUCUAUGCUAGGCAUACAAUCAUGUCCGAACUUGCAGGCUAUCCCAAGUGGGCUGUCGAACUUAACAUCUCUUGAUAUAAACAAUUGUCCCAAAUUAAUGGAGUAUGCUCAAGAAGGCAGCUGCAAAUGGUCAUCCAUUCGCCACGCUCAUAGGAUCAGAAUCAAUGAGCAGAUUGUGCGAUCCCAAAGGUCUCGAUUUUUCAAAGGUAUGUCAAAUCCAUAUUUCUCAAUGCGAUCCCUUCAUACCAUAUUUUAUUUAUCUAAAUUAGGCUAGUGGUUGAACAGUUGCAUUUGUUUUAUGAUCUUAAUAUCUGGUUGAAUCCCUUUAUCCCAAAGAUUUUGAGCCAGAUAAUAAUCUAAUUCUUUACAU